GUCAGGAAAGUGUUGGUGGCAAGUGGUCCAGUGGUCUGUGAACGAGCUGCAAAAUAGCGGAGACGGUGAAAAGGGGAAUUAUCUCUCAACUCAGCAACCACAGAUUUCCCACUGGGACGAGAGUACAGAAAGAUGCCUUUGGAUGAAGAUGGAAAUGGCUGGAAAAAGAAAACGUCAGAUGUUAAAGAGAAUUAUGACUUCAAGGAAGUCCUGGGCACGGGGGCGUUCUCUGAGGUGGUCCUGGCUGAGGAGAAGAUGACCCACAGGCUGGUAGCCAUCAAGUGCAUCCCAAAGAAAGCUCUGGAAGGAAAGGAGAACAGCAUUGAGAAUGAGAUUGCUGUCCUCCACAAGAUAAAACACACCAAUAUCGUCUCACUGGAGGACAUCUUUGAGAGCAAAUCUCACCUAUACCUCGUCAUGCAGCUUGUCUCUGGUGGCGAGCUCUUUGACAGGAUUGUGGAGAAGGGUUUCUACACAGAGAAAGAUGCCAGCAAGCUUAUUCAGCAGAUCCUGGAUGCUGUCAAGUACCUCCAUGAUAUGGGCAUUGUGCACCGGGAUCUGAAGCCUGAGAACCUGCUGUACUACAGUAUGGAGGAGGACUCCAAGAUUAUGAUCAGUGACUUUGGCCUGUCCAAGAUGGAGGGGUCUGGAAGCGUGAUGUCUACUGCGUGUGGGACGCCUGGAUAUGUGGCUCCUGAAGUCCUCGCUCAGAAGCCGUACAGCAAGGCUGUGGACUGCUGGUCUAUAGGAGUCAUCUCCUACAUUCUUCUAUGUGGAUAUCCUCCAUUCUAUGAUGAAAAUGAUGCCAAACUCUUUGAGCAGAUCCUUAAAGCAGAAUACGAGUUUGAUUCUCCAUACUGGGAUGACAUCUCCGAUUCAGCCAAAGAUUUCAUCGUUCACUUGAUGGAGAAAGACCCCAGGAAGAGGUAUACAUGUGAGCAGGCUCUGCAGCACCCCUGGAUAUCUGGAGACACUGCGUUAGACAAAAACAUCCAUGAGUCUGUUAGCGCCCAGAUCCGCAAGAACUUUGCCAAAAGCAAAUGGAAGCAAGCAUUCAAUGCCACAGCCGUGGUCAGACACAUGAGGAGGCUCCAGCUGGGCACCAGUCAGGAGGGGCCCAGCCAGAUCACCCCCACCAGCCCCUGCCAGGGAGAGCUGCUGCUGCCUGAGGAGGAGGAGGGGGAGGAUGCUGAGUCGCACUGCGAAGACGGCUGUUCCCAGAAUGCCGAGGGGCUGGAGGAGCAGGACAGUCUGAAGAACUGCACGUACUGUUGUCACCCAGUCAGCCGCGUCUGAGCAGAAACGCGUCUCUGUGACAACCAGUUUGACUGGAGCCCAGAACCCCCCAGUCUGGCCAGGAAUACAGAGUUAUUCCAGCAGUGUCCACCAGGGGGAGCUGCUGUGUUGAGAAUCCUAGGUGAGGAGGGACAUUGUGUCAGUGUCAGUGGAGGGAAGACGAAAGGUGAGCAUUGACACAGAAGGGAGGGGAUACAGAAGAACCAGGCCCAGGUGCAUCACAGGGAACACUGUGGCAGUCGAGCAGUGUUUUCCUUUCAUAUAUGUGGGCUUUUAUAUUCAAUUUUUCUUUGUUUUCAUAUCUCUUUCAACAUCAAAAUAGCAUUUACCAUCCUCAAUACUGCCACAUUUAUAUGAACUCAUAGGAGAGGCUGCUGUGUCUCCACAGAACAUAAAGGCACAGGGGUAUCCUGCUCCUGGGUCAUAUUAAGCUUCCAUUUUGUGAUUAGAAAGUAUUUUCUGUGGAUAGGCUACUCUUCAAUAGAGGUAUAGGUUCCUCCAAUAGCCAGUCACAUGCUAGCACUAGGUACUGGACUAUGUUCACUUAUCUCAUCAUCCCUUCGCUUAAAGCACAAGGGCAGGGCGUGCCGAAUACUUUUCUUAGGUUUCAGUGUGCUUGCAAAGUGAUAAGACUUUUUGGUGCCUUGAGGAUAAUUUAUACCAAUUAUUUUUCUUAAAUCAAGAUCAAUAUUUUGGCAUGUACACAUAGAAUAAAUGUGCUGCAUUAACUUUCAGAGAUUAUUUUUUUAAAAUUGCUAUCUAGCUAUCAGUAGGCAUCCAUUAUUAUUAUUAUUAUUAUUUGUUUAUGUUUUGCAUUGUAUAGAGGCAAACGUAAUUUAUAUCAAACUAAUUAAACGCAUACUUUUUGGGGCUUUGUAAUUCUGGAGUUGGUCUAUUGAUGAGGGUUGUUUUCUCUUCCAAGACAAAGGAUUUAACUUACGAAAUAACCUAAUUAUAUAUUGAUUUGUUUGUUUUAUUUGAAUCAUGUACAUGUUAGUUGAGGACCCAUGCACUCAGUUGCAGUACUGCUGCUUCUGUAGGGCUUUGCACCUAGUAGACACUCAUGUUCACCUCUUCGAUCAGGUCAGUCUUUUUUUCUUUUGUCUUUGUCUUUUAAUAUGUAAUUAUUUCUGAAUCCACAUUUCAGUGAGGUCACAUAAGAUUAUGAUCUCGACAGUUAGAGUGUUCGGAUUCAUAUUCUAAAAAAUACAUUUGAAAUACAUUAUCUUCACUAUUUAUUACUCUACAUAUAAGGUGAAUGUUCCAGUUGAUAAAAAGAUGACCUACCCUGACACAAAGCCUUUAUUGGUCAUUGUUAGGGUUCUCUAUUUUAACAUCAUGUAGCUUUCACUCGCAUUUGCUUCUGUCAAGCACUGCGCACAUGUCUGAAGUGAACUGUACAUUUUUACAUACAGAUUCAGUUAUCCCAUCUUCUCUUUUCAGUGUGUUUCACCCUGACACCUCCAUCAUUGUCCUCAGCUCCUAGCAUUCCGUUCAGUUUGUCUGUGUUUGCUGUGACAGCACUGGCCACCAUUCAUGCUAACCUUGUUGAAGAACAGAUUGAAGAUGUCAACAGUGUUACCAAUUUUUUACAUUGGGUGUUUGGGGGGAGGGGUGAAAUUAGUUAUAAAUGUUAUGUACAAAUUGAAAUGGAAAGAAUGUGAAGUGGGCGUGAAUGUGUUACUCAGAAUUAAGGAAAUGUUUGAACUGAUGAAAAUUUAAAUAUGUCAGCUGCAGAGUGUCAAAACUAAGGGAAUGAACUUCCAGUCUUUCUAAGAGUACAUUCAGUAGCCACUUACAUGUGCAUAAACAUAAUUGUGAAAAUGCAUGUGUAAAUGAGAAAAUGUAGAACAGAGAUGCCAAACCUUACACUGUUGGAGUCACAAAUCUCUGGGGUUAGGUGACAUUUGAACAUCUCUCUGUCUUUGUGUUACACUUUCACAGGUGGAACUUUAAUUCACCUUCACCUAAAAAGAUUUGUGCCUGUCUUGCAUGCCAUUUGUGUUUAUGUUCACAUUAGUGAAGCAGUCAAGGGACUGAAAUUCUAAUACUCUUUAACUUGUGUCCAUGAGGAUGCCAAGUCCAUGCAUCUUUCAUCUUGGUUUUCUCAUAUGGAGAAGGACAGUUGUUCUCACACUAUUUAUAGGCAUAUACUCAUAUUGCAAGAAGUGUGCACACUGAAACAUUUGUGCUCAAAGAGACACCCACACAAAUAUGUAUGUCUUCUAAAAACAGGUGUUCU